AUGGAUCCCAACUCGGAUCACCCCUUAUUCAUUGCCCAGGAGACUCUCUGCUUCUAUCCAAUCAGCACCAUAUACAACUCAUGUCCGCGAUAUCUCUUCUACGCGCUUCUGCUGGCAACCUGUGUCACUCGAUGGACAGGAUGGGUCAUGAAUGUAUUCCUAGGAACUGCAGCGGCGUACGCGGGAACUGCGGCAAUCCAAGCCUUCAUCAUGGUUUCUAGUCACCAACCACCGCAAGAUCCUGGACCUGUCGCUAUUCCGUACCUGCCCGCUAACUCCAGCCUGCGAAAUGAUUUCCCUUCUUUGGUAACUGAAACAGACCAUGUCAUGAUCUCUCCAGCAUCACUUGAGCUUGACUCUGAUGCUGUUCUUGCUAUCGUUAUCACUGGUUAUCUCGUCUUUCUGCCGCUCCAAUGCUGGUCCCGCAUCCUAACCCACGAUCGAGCAAGGAACCUCCUUUUUUAUCUUUGGCAUGCUCUCAUGCUGGCUGGCUCCAUAUGUGCCCUCGUAUAUGCCACGAGAAUACCCAAAACACCACCCCAGUACAUGUUUUGCUUUCCUGAUCUCCCGCCUUUCAACGACACAUCAAAUGACGGCUGGCAAGCCUCAUGGAGAACAUCCACGUGGAACAACAGCGUGUGGGAUACAUUUUUGAACAUAUCGCUAUGGAAUCAACUAGGAGAUAUCUGCUUCAACCCCUGUUUUAAUUCAACCCAAAUUUUACGGAAACCAGACUCAUUGCAUUCAGCCACCUCAGAGGGAGACUUCGGAGUUGCUACCUCCCAUAGCUUUUGGAGAAAGAUCGUGGUCAUCUGGAAAGAACGAAAGACUAUUUGGAAAAGCUUCAAAGAUGAAGUUUGUGGUGCCACGAGGCUACUAAGCAACCCGGGUGACAAUGGGGAAGAAGCAGGACCGACAAAUGAGAAGACCCCUGUCUGGCGCCGAAUGCGACACAUACUCAGCCGCCGGUUCCUCAGGUCCUUUCUCCAUGUGCUUGUUGAUGCUGCGAUCCUCUUCGGAAUACUCUUCAGCAUGAUAGUCAGUCCGUUCACAAUAGUUGCCUUCGUCGUUUGGAUAGAGAUCCAAAUCUCCAACGAUGGACCGUCAGAGGAGACUCCGAGCCAGGUUGGUCAGUGGGCGUACCCUACAUCACUAGCACUGCUUGUGAUUUCAGCUGCAAUUUUGAAGCUCAAAUAUCGACUCGCUUCAUCGGUUGAGUUGGAACGUGAGAUUUCUGCAUUAAAACAACAUUUGGAGGAUUUAGAGAAAAUGAAGGAGGCAAGAUCGGGGUCUGGGUCGGCCGAUCAGACCAGCAAAUAA